CAUAAAAACUACUCCACCACAGCACACCCGAAUUAAUAUAUCUUUCACUCUCUCUCUCUCUCUCCUUCUCUGUCUUUUGUUGUGGUUUGAAGCUAUUUCUGGCUUUGCCUCUCAUCUUUCUCUCCGAGUUCAUGUGAGCAAGGAGGGAUUUGGUGGGUGAGUAAAGUACAUAUUAGCUUUUUUCAGGUGGGUUUUUCCUUUUCAGAAUUUUUUUUUUUUUUCUGGUUUUUGUGGUCCGAUAUGGAGAGAGAUUUCUUGGGUUUGAGCUCGAAAGAAUCCUUGGCAGUGGUGAAGGAGGAGAUUCACAAUGAUAGGUGCAAAGACCCGGGCCGACCCAUUUUCAGAUGAAGAAGUGCCCUUUUUGUUCUUGAUUCAAAAUUCUUUCUCUGAAUAUUGCAGGUUUACAAUGGCAAUUCUCAAACAAGGCCUCUGCCCUUUCUCAUUUGAUGUCUUUCAAGACUGAUGCUCUCAUGUCAUCUGGAUUUACGAAUAUCUCCACUACUACAGAUGCUUUUGAUAACAGUAAAAAGCGGUCUGUGGGUGAAAUUCAGAAGUUCCUCAAUCACGAUAGGCAAGGUGGCACUCAUUUUUCCCUGACUUAUUAUCCUGUGCAACAUGAUGUGCAUUUGGUGCACCGUCCUCAUGAUGUGAAGAUGUUUUCUGUUGCAAACCAAGCAAUUUCAAUUCCGGUCGGAAACCCUUUCUUCAAGAAUCAUUUUGCUUCUGGUCAGAAUUUGGUUGGCACUACUGUGAAGCAACCAUUACUGGGAGGAAUUCCGGUUACAGCUCCACAUUCAAGUAUUCCCACUGUUGCUUCCAUUGCUGGGACAACUGAGCCAGGGAACGGUGUCAAGUCUUCUGGGUCUCCUGCUCAAUUGACCAUCUUUUAUGCAGGUGCCGUGCAUGUCUAUGAUGACAUAACCCCUGAAAAGGCUCAGGCUAUGAUGUUUCUGGCUGGGAAUGGGUCUUCUAUAACUUUUAAUACGGCCCAUCCAAAAGCUCAAGUUCAGGCACCCAGCUCAAAAUUGGCAGUUGGUGAUGGUGUUCCUUUGAACCAGCCCAAAAACACACAGCCUUGCUCAGGUCUUUCAAGCCCUUUAUCUGUUUCUUCGCAUACUGGUGCCCAGUCACUAAGUGGGUCCACUAGCAAUGAUGAAUUGAUGGAAGCUAAAACCGCUGGAGUUUCAAUAACUCCUGUUAGCAAAGUGGAGCCUCGGAAAGCUAAUGUUGUGGGAUCUGUUACUGUAACCUCUAUGUUUCCAUCUGCUGUUCCACAGGCACGUAAAGCAUCGUUGGCUCGAUUUUUGGAGAAGCGGAAGGAAAGGGCAAUGAAUGCAGCACCAUACAACCUUGGCAAGAAUUCUACCGAGUGCACAGCCCAAGAAUUUGAUGGUGCGAACUUCGCCAGUACUGCUGCAGGCACUGGUUCUCUCUCAGAAAGCAAGGAGAGUAACCAUGAUCAUGUAUGAGGCCAAUUAGGAAGGUAUUAUUGCAGAUUUAUGUUGUAUGAGGCAGAUGGAUUCCAUUCUCCUUCCAAGAACUUGUGGACAUGACUAUGUUUAAUCUGGAAACUUAACCAAGUUGCUAUAUAUAGCUGGUGUAGGGCCUUUCCUUCGUUAUUUUGAAUGUCUGAUCGGUGCUACUGAUACCAUGACAUUUAUCACGGAUUGUAACAGUUCAUGUAUUGUCACAUUGUGGAAAUAAUUGUAUGUCUAAGAUUAUAUAGUUGGUGUAGGGCCUCUCCCUUACUAUUUUGUA